UGGGAGGGUGGGAGGGUGAAUUCGGGGGGUGUGGCAUUUUACUGCAUAUAACACUCAAUCUGUCCCUUCAUUCCUCACUCGCUUGGUCUACUUUUCUUUCACUUCUUGCUCACCGUGAACUUCUGCUACACCAUGUCACAAACUCAGCAAGCGAUGGCUCAGCUGAUUGCAGUCUUUCAUAAAUACUCAGGUAAAGAGGGAGACAAGAUGACCCUGAGCAAAGGCGAGCUGAAGGACCUGCUCACCGCAGAGCUAGGAGACAUAUUUGGAAAAACCCAAGACAAGACAGCUCUGGACAAGAUAUUUAAGGAUCUGGAUGCAAAUGCUGAUGGUGUUGUGGACUUCCAGGAGUACGUCACCCUGAUCGCCUGCAUCACUAUGCUUUGCAAUGAAUUUUUUACUAAGGGUAAAUAACUUUGUCCUUACAGAAAGGUUUUGUCUGUAAAGCUAUGGUAAAGUUAUGG